CUCCCUUUCUGUUUUUGUGAUUUUUAAAACGCACUCUUCUCUUCCUUCAACCAACCGAAUAUAUUCUCUUCCUUCAAGUUCACCUGCCACCACUCGUUUCCAAUAGCUCACAAGAACCACAAGGGGCCCCUCAAAAGAUUGCAUAUCUAAACCAAAGGAUUGAUUCCAUUGUUCCCUUGAGUUGAAGUUAUAACCUUGUUUUCAAAGUGAUGAUGCCUCUUAUAAAACACUCAACAACAUCAUCAACCAAAGGUUCUUUAUUAUACUUUGCUCUUUUCUUAAUUCCUCUUGCCUUUUCUUUUUCCUUGCUUGUUAGUUUAUCUUUGAGGAUUGAUUGGUAUCAUUUUUGGGUCAGAGCCAUUGUCAUGGAACGAGAAUUUCUGGAUGCUAUCAUCAAUAGGCUGCUUGAAGUGAGAGGGAGACCUGGGAAGCAGGUGCAGCUUUCAGAGACAGAGAUCAAGAAGCUUUGUAUGGUUUCUAGAGAUAUCUUCCUGAAGCAACCAAUGCUGUUGGAACUUGAGGCACCAAUUAAGAUAUGUGGAGAUAUCCAUGGCCAAUAUGCAGACCUUCUGAGACUCUUUGAGCAUGGUGGAUUCCCUCCUCGUUCCAAUUACUUGUUUCUAGGCGAUUAUGUGGAUCGUGGAAAGCAAAGUCUUGAGACAAUAUGUCUUCUCCUCGCCUACAAAAUAAAAUAUCCAGAAAAUUUUUUCCUUCUUAGGGGAAACCAUGAGUGUGCUUCAAUAAACCGUGUCUAUGGAUUUUAUGAUGAAUGUAAAAGGAGAUUCAAUGUCAGGAUCUGGAAAACAUUUUCAGAUUGUUUCAACUGUUUGCCUGUGGCGGCUAUCAUUGAAGAUAAGAUCCUGUGCAUGCAUGGUGGACUCUCCCCUGAAUUGCAUAGCUUAAAUCAGAUUAGCAUGUUGCCACGUCCAGCAGAAGUUCCAGAAACUGGUCUGUUAUGUGAUCUCUUGUGGUCUGAUCCUAGUAAAGAGAUUCAGGACUGGGGAAUGAGUGAACGUGGAGUUUCAUAUACUUUUGGUGCUACCAGGGUUGCAGAGUUUCUUCAAAAGCAUGAUCUUGACUUGAUUUGUAGAGCGCACCAGGUGGUUGAAGAUGGAUAUGAAUUUUUUGCUAAUAGACAACUUGUGACUAUCUUUUCUGCUCCUAAUUACUGUGGAGAGUUUGACAAUGCUGGGGCAAUGAUGAGUGUUGAUGACACACUUAUGUGCUCUUUUCAGAUAUUAAGGCCUGUGGAUCAUAAAAGGCCCAAGUUUGGUUUUGGGAAAACAACUAGAUUCAAGGCUAGUACUCCAAAAGAAUCUUGCAGGCAUUUCUUGGUGCUAAAGUAUGACCUGAUUGACCUUACUUAGAUCAGCAAUGUCUGGAGCAUAUCUAUAAUUGACUUGGACAAAGUGAUAUUCGUGUUCCUUCAAUGUGAACAAAUAUUACAACGGGAAAUUUAACUUAACGAACUAUGAUGAGCAAUGGAGAAUUAUCUCUGCUUCACCUUUCAAGUAUAGCUAAAUGCUUUUUCUAUGCUGCCGGCUCAUUCUCACCAUGCACAAUGCUGCUCAACAAAGAUAUAUUGAGGGCUCAGGGUUCGCUUUUCUUUUCUUUCAGCUUUUGGGGUGAGAUACAUUUUUAUGGAUUUGGCUCAUAAAGUUAAGGAGUCAGUCAUCUUAGAGAGUACAAUAAGCUACCAUGAUAGUUAACUGAGAAAUCGAUGGUUAAGAUUGUAAACAUACUGUAUGACAACUAAUAGUCGUCUUUAAUUUAAUCUCAACUAUUGAUUUAUCAA